AUGGCAUCAACCUCUUCUCCUCCUCAGCUCUUUCUCUCUCCUCUUCUUCACCCUCCUCCUCUUCAAUUCCCCCCAAAAUUCAUCCACUCUUCUUCAAUUUCUCUCUCCAAAUCCAACACUUUCGCAACUUCUGCUGCUCAAUUCCUCACAAAUUCACAAAUUUCACCUGUUUUCCAGCAACCCCAUCUCCCAUUUUCUUCUCAAAACACUGAAAACGAACCUUUUUCGCUGGAAGACGCACAAAUUCUCUACCAUAAGUGCCUCGAGUUGCUUAAAUUGUCUGCGCGUUACGCCGAUGCCGAGCUCGUAAUAGCAGUUCAUACAUUGAUUGUGAAGUUGGGAGAGGAUAAUUACUUGCUUAAUUCGUUGAUUACUGCUUAUCUUAAACUGGGUUUGCUUGAUGAUGCUUUUGCUGUGUUCAAAGGGAUGUCGAAUCCUGAUGUUGUUUCUUAUACUGCGAUGAUUUCUGGGUUUGCAAAAUCUGGAUAUGAAUUUGACGCAAUUGGGUUGUUCAUGAAGAUGAGAAAGAGAGGUAUUGAGCCUAAUGAGUUUACUUUUGUUGCAUUUUUAACUGCUUGUUCUAGAAUUUCUGGGUUGCAAUUGGGGUUUCAGAUUCAUUCAUUGGUGGUUAAAUUAGGGUAUUUGUUUUCUGUUUAUGUUGCAAAUUCUUUGACGGGGUUGUAUAGUAGGUGUGGUUUUUUGGAUAAUGCACUCCAGGUGUUUGAUGAAAUGCCUCAACGAGAUAUUGCGUCGUGGAAUACUGUUAUAUCUAGUGUUGUGGAUGAACUGAUGUAUGAUAGGGCUUUUGAAUUGUUUCAUGAAAUGGUGAGAGUAGAUAGGUCUAGGGCUAACCAUAUCACGCUUUCGAGCCUUAUAAGUGCUUGUGCUGGGAGUUGUGCUCAAGUCUCGGGACGAGAAAUCCAUGGUCACGCGCUUAAGAUGGGAUUUGAUAAUAAUUUGAGUGUUAGUAAUUCACUUAUUGGGUUCUACACGAAAUGUGGCACUGCUAAACAUGUUCAGGCUUUGUUUGAGCGAAUGCCUAUCAAGGAUGUCAUUUCUUGGACAGCUAUGAUUACCGCUUAUAUGGAAUUUGGAAGGAUUGAAUUAGCUUUGGAUAUUUUUAAGAAGAUGCCAGAGAGAAAUUCUGUCACUUUCAAUGCCGUUUUAGCAGGGCUUUGUUUGAAUUCAGAGGGUUUAGGAGCUUUAUCUCUGUUUUGUGAAAUUGUUAACCGUCGUGUUGAAUUAACAGAAAACACACUAACAAGUGUUAUCAGCGCGUGUAGUUUACUUGGAGAAAAGAAAAUUAGUGAACAGAUACAUGGCUUUGUGAUUAAGUUUGGCUGUAAAUCAAAUGCUUGUAUCGAAGCUGCUCUAGUAGAUAUGUGCACAAGGUGUGGGAGGAUGACAGAUGCUCAAAAGAUGUUUCAGCAGAGCCAAUAUGAUCAAAAUCUUUCAAUAAAAUGGACCUCUUUAAUUUCUGGAUAUGCUCGAGAUGCACAGCCGGAAGAAGCAAUGACUUUGUUCAAGUGGGGCCAAUCUGAACAAGCCCUGACAGUUGAUGAGGUUGUAGCAACUGCAGUACUUGGUAUCUGUGGAACUCUAGGAUUUAAUGAGAUGGGAGAGCAAAUGCAUUGCCAUGCCCUAAAAUCAGGACAUCUGUAUGAUGUAAGGCUAGGUAAUGCUGUUAUCAGCAUGUACUCAAAGUGUGGUUACAUGGAAGAUGCUUGGAGGGUUUUCAAUCUUUUGCCCAUGCAUGAUGUAGUGUCAUGGAAUUGUUUGAUUGCUGGCCACCUUCUUCUAAGAGAGGGUGAUAAAGUGUUGGCUGUUUGGUCGAGGAUGAAGAGGGAACACAUAAGACCUGACUUAGUUACACUUAUUCAAGUAAUUUCUUCUUACAGGCAUACCAAGUUGAAUAUGCUAGAUGAUUGCCGGAGAUUGUUUUUCUCAUUAACUAGGGAGUAUGAUGUUGAACUUACUUCAGAUCAUUAUGCCUCCUUUGUUAGCGUUUUAGGCGAAUGGGGUUUCCUUGAGGAGGCUGAGGAUAUAAUAUCUAAGAUGCCUUUUGAGCCAAAAAGCUCAGUAUGGAGAGCAUUACUUCAUAGUUGUAAUCUUCAUUCAGACUCGAUUGCUGGAAAGAGAAUAGCAAAACAUAUUCUAGAUAUGCAGCCCGAGGAUCCUUCUACAUAUAUACUCAUAUCAAACUUGCUCUCUGCAUCUGGUAGAUGGCAUUGCUCUGAAUUGGUUAGGGAUGAAAUGAGGAGGAAAGGGAUCAGGAAACAUCCAGCACGUAGUUGGAUUGCUCAUAACAACAAGGUGCAUGCAUUUUUUACCAGAGAUAAGACUCAUCCUCAAUCAAAAGACAUCUAUAGUGGAUUGGAGAUCCUGAUCUUGGAGUGCUUAAAGUCUGGAUAUGUACCUGAUACAAGCUUUGUUCUUCAUGAAGUGGAGGAGCACCAGAAGAAGGAAUUCUUGUUCUAUCAUAGUGCAAAACUAGCAGUGACAUAUGGCCUUUUGAUGACCACGCCAGGAAGACCUAUUAGAGUUACAAAGAAUGUUCUUUUAUGUGGCGAUUGCCAUAACUUUUUAAAGUAUGUAUCAAGAGUCACUAGAAGAGAGAUAUGUGUUAGAGACACCUCAGGCUUUCACUGUUUUUCUAAUGGCAAGUGCUCAUGCAAAGAUCACUGGUAA